CUCAAAACAGAGGAAACGUGUCACGCGAUAACACUUUUUUGUGUCAUAUUGCUUAUCGUUAUUGUAAUAAACAAUACUCUGUUUUAUUUUAUACUUUAGAAAGUUACCUAGUACUUACCAUUUUUGAAACAUUUUAAUUAUAUUUAUGUAUAGUCAAUAAAUUAUCUUAUAUUUAUCUAUAUCACCGGAUUAUUAAAACCAUGUUGAAUAAAGCGUCAUUAGCAAUCAAAUACUUGUUAUUUGUCUUCAAUUUGAUAAUAUUUUUGAGUGGAAUUUUACUUUUAUCCGUUGGAUUAUCAAUUCGCAACGUUUACAAUCAAUAUGAGCAAUUUUUAACAGAGCACUAUUUUACUGUGCCGUCUUUAUUAAUUAUAGUGGGUAUCACCGUUCUAACAGUAUCAUUCUUUGGAUGCUGUGGUACAUUAAAGGAAAACAAUUGUAUGAUGAUUACCUUCGGAUUUCUUUUAGCAUCGUGUUUUAUAAUGGAAAUAGUAGGUGGUUUAGCUGGUUUUAUAUUAUUGGAAAAAACUCAUUCUGUAGUAACUUCAAAACUACACGAAACUAUGAUGUUUUAUAACAAAACCACGCACAUAACACAUAUAUGGGAUGGACUUCAAACAUCUUUACAUUGUUGUGGAGCUGAGAAAUUGGAUGACUGGUAUCCCAUACUUGAAGACAAAUUACCCAUGUCUUGUUGUGGAUCAUAUGAUGGAGCAAUAGAUCAUCAAAAUUGUACUGCAUCUGAACCCAAUGUUUACCAGCAACCAUGUUAUGUGUCAUUAUCAAAAAUUGUAAAAGAAAAUGCCAGUACGUUGAGUGGUGUUACUAUAGGAAUAGCGUUUUUGCAGUUGGUGGGUAUAAUGCUGUCAUGCUCAUUAUCGAAAUCUAUUCAAAAAAGUUAUAAACAAGUUUGAAAUCUUAUUGUGCACUUUCAAAAUAUUUACUCAAUUAAUGUAGUUUUUUUUUUAUAAAAUUAUGAAGACAUAAAUAAUAUGUACAUUAGAAAGUAUUAUUUAUUUAUUUAUUUAUAUACCAAAGAUAUAAACUAAUAAUACAUUUAAAUGUGUUUUAUGUAUAAAGUUUUUAAAAAUAAAUGUACUUAUAAGUGGCGCUGAUCACUAUAUCUAUAA